GGAAACCGACGCCAUCUAACGACUGGCAUUCCUGUUUUUUUCGUGCGGGUAAAACCACGGCUUUCUGGAGCGCGGAACCCCUUUCACGGUUUUGUUUGUAACAUCCAGUGUUUUAAGUGCAUUUCGUUGUGAUCCUUGCGAUGCCGUGCGUACGGUGAAUGAGAUGAUAUACGCGGGAGAGCGUUCACGCGCGAGAGAAAUGUGUGGGAAGAUGAGUUAACCGUGUGUUAAAGCGCGCAGCGGUCAACCUUCCGACAAGUUUAGUACGGGAAUCUAUCCAUAUUCAGGACUUGAUUGCACCGAGCUUUAGUAGAAGUGUCAAGUAGUGGAGAAUGAGUGCAUCUGCUGUAAAGUCAUCGAUAUCUGGAGUAGGGACAUCCCCGACUUCGACUACUCACUCCAUGCUUCCAAUGAAUGCUAUGGCUCAAAAAGUAGUUCCUGGGACUGAAUCAGGAUCUAUGAAACCUUUAACAGGAACAGGUUUAAGCUAUGUUACGUUGCAACCGCCAAGUCAGCCUCUCAGUUUGGUACAGGAUCACAGACCAUCGGUUUACCAAACACCACCUUAUAUAAGUAACAAUUCUGAAAAGGAGUCAGAAUCGGAUAAGCUUAUACCAAACGGCGUAGAAACUAUAAAGGUGGAAACAGAGCAAAAUGUACCUGCUCCUGUAAAGCCUAGUGAACCAAAUAGAAAUAACAACUUGAGUCCUGAAAAUCCGACCCAAGACGAACAACGAGAAACUCCAGUAGAACCAGAAACGAUCCCUCAUGCCUUAGAAUUUUCAGCGAUAUGUCCUCAAGGACAAAACAAAGUUGAAGAAAAGAAAACUACUGUAAAUAAUGGCUCUAAAGAAGCUGAAGGUGUGCCAGUUAAUGCUUCUCUACAAACAAAGUUAUCGACGCAUAAAACUGAAGAUGCUCAAGUAAAACCAGAAGUUCAAAAAAACAAACCAACGAAUCAGAGUGCAAAAUUGAGUGGAGAUAGUCCACCCGUACAACCAUCAAAUAAUUCUUCAAAACCCGAAACGAAAGUUACAGCUUCGCCAAAAGCUAAUAAACGAAAAUCUAGAGAAUUGAAAGAUUUGAAAGGAAUAUCCGCGACUCCAGACGGGGCAAGUAAACCUAAGAGAAAUCGCGUCCAAACGCAACCUUAUCAAAGUCCUUUGCCAGAAAUUGCGUUGCUUGUCAAAAGUUUAAACAAGUCUCCUGCGACGAAAGCUGCGGAUGACAAGCUAAUAGUAUUCUACAAAAAUGAAUUCCUGGCUGUGAGAAACGCAGAAGGGAGUUUUUACGUUUGUCAAGCGAUGCAAAAUAUUUAUAAAUCGAGCAGGCGUAUUCGCAUACGUUGGUUAUCGCAAGAUAAAAAUAAUGGUGAAAUUUAUUCUCCAGAUUUUUACGACUUUAUAGAUUUCGAUUGUAUAUUAACGAACCUAAAUUUGAAUAAAAUCGAUAAAAAUAAAUUUCAAUUAACGAAGAUAGAGUUAUUACGUACAGAAAAUAUAUUAAAACGAGCGAUCGAUGUGGAGGCCGGAGUGUCUGAAAAGCCUAGAGUAACGGAAGAACAUCCAGAUGGACUCGAUUUGUCUCUUUACAAAGAUGAGUCACAAUUGAAGAGAAGAAGAGGUCACGGCCCGUACAAGCAGAAACAAGGCCAACGAAAAAAAUCGAAACGUUCGGCAAGUUCCUCCGAAGACGAAGGAUCCGAGGACGAGUCGAAGGAUGAAAAGAAGUCGUCGAAAACGGGACGUUCUAAAAAGGGAUCGGUAAACAAAGCGUUAGCGAUCGCAAAAUCGGUUGCAAAAGGAUCGAGCAGAGCGGAAAGGGCAUUAAAUAGAAGCACAAAAUCUGGGAACAGUACGGGUAGCGAGUCCGCCGGUGGCACUGCUGCAGCCACUGCUACUGCUACUGCUACUGCAGCAGCAGUACCCGUAAAUAGCGCCGCUACGCCGACGACUCCCAUUGAUUCAGCUAAAAAUAAUGGUGCAGACCCUAAAAAGAUCGAUGCGAAGAAAACCACGAAGCAGCAGCAGCAGCAACAACAACAGCAACAACAGCAGCAGCAACAACAGCAGCAGCAGCAACAACAACAGAGCAACAACAACACGAGUGGUGUACCAAGGACGAAGCUUCGUGGGUCAGCUCAAAACACACAGCAAGGCAGUAGUACUGCGGGACGUCCCAAACGCGUAGCUGCUUCAGCGAGUAUUCUGUCAAACGAAGAAGCAGCACCACGGAAAAAACCACGUGGGCGAGCGUAAGAUUAACAUGUUAUUGUUUUUCUUAUGCCAUAUUUACAGCAGAGUCUGUAUCGUAGGCAAUAUGUACGUGUGGUACACUCUUUAAAAUUGCAAUCAAUUUACAAUGUAAUAUAUAUGAUCUCAAGAUUCACGAUGAAUGUACCAAAUGCUGCGUUAUAUUAUAGUCUAACGAUACGGGAUCAAUGACUUAUAUUACGAUGCGGCAAUUCGCAUUUCGAAAACUAACUCCGAGACUUAGAGAAUGAUAUUGUGAUAUCAUGCAAAAUUUGUACAUAUCGUCUACGUCUCAGACUCCUCGGAAGAGAAGAAAGUCACGGAUAGUAUGGAAAAAAUGGUACCUUGGUUGAGUAAUAACUAUCUACAGGGUGUCACAUGCUAAUGCACUCUUGCAAUAGUCUAUUUUUGAUGUUGUGACUGAACCAUACGUGAUUCAUUUGAGUUUAUUGUACACUUUCCAUUGGAUAUGAUAGCUAUGUACAAAUAUAUAUGUCUGGGAUUUGUAUGCAUUCUGUAAAACAGAUAUUAAGGCAGGAAAGGAAGAAGGAAGAAAAAAAGAAAAAAAAAAAAAGAAAAUAUAUAGGGUAAAAAAAAAUUAAUUGCGUGAGCGAUCCGUGAAUUAUCGAUCUCCUAUCUGUAGAUCGAUGAGAUCUAGAAGUACAAUAUCUGUACAUUUACGCUGAAUCUUUGCUGUUUAAAAAAUAGCAUACAGAAUGGUCCAGCGCCUAUAUAAAGACAGGCAGAGAAAAGAAGUGCCCUGAAUUGUAAUCCCUUGCCUCAUUGUUGAAUCCACAGAUUCAUGAGAGAGUCUUAUAUGUAAAAGGUAGCACAUUGAUCAUAGUUUUUAUAGUUUAUUUUCAAAACUACAUUUAUCCAAAUGAAUUUGCACUGCGAUCGAUAUAACAUAGUAAAAAAUUGAGAUCGCUAACACACAGUGGUGCCACAUAUGAUUUAGCCACAUUAACGUAUUUACACUUUAGAGCGAAGAAGAUGAAGAAGAAAAAAGUAAUAAUAAAAAAAAGUAAUGCACUUAUUUCCUCUUAAUAAGUCUUAAUUAAAAAUGUAUAAAUUUGAUUUAUGCAUAUACAUUAUUUUUAUCAAAGAUCGUGGAUAACUUGUUGCAACGUGAACGCGUAUAUCGCAACUAUUUACUAAAGCAUUCCGUUCCUUGGCUGUGCUCGUUAAGAAAUUAUUCGUUCUUGAUCGUUCUUGAUCGUUCUUGACCUCUUGACCGUACUUUCAUAUAAAACGUCUUCCUAUUUGUUUUUUCUCUCUUUUCUCUUUUUUCUUUUUGUUUUUUCUCCCCCUCUUUCUUUCCUUCUCUCUCUCUCUCUCUCUCUCUCUCUCUCUUUCUUUCCUCUACGACCUCCAAAAUAAAAUAUUCUUAUCACUUUUGGUCACUCGUUUAUAUCUAAGAAUUGAUAUAAUCUUAAAUUACCUCGAAUCUUUCAUAACAAUCACUGCCAUUGCCACGAACGGUGCUCGUGUUUAAAAGAAUCGCGUAAGACGCGUUCACGUUGCAGUGUAUAUUUACUAUAUGAUAGAUAAUUAUUAUUUACUCUUCACCAAAUCUGAAUUCUUAUACUUUUAACGUAGUUGAUAGUUUACAACAUGUCGAGAUGUAUUUGUAUUAGUGGAAAGACGUAUUUUACGUCGACACAUUGAAAUGGGGACUUAUAAAGACAUCGAUUUAAAUGAAUUGUGUAAUUAACAGAGAGUUAUUGAGAAACAAAACAAAGCAAAAAAAAAAAAAGAAAAAACAAACAAACAAAAAAUAUAUUCAUUUUUCUACAUUACGGUAUUAUGGUUGGAGACUCGCGAUGGAUUACAAAAAAUAGUUACUGGACCACUUAUUAUAUGAAAUUGAGUCGAUUAAUACGACUUUUGUUUUGAAAUUACGAAUGAAUUAGCGCAAUCGAAUUAAUGUUGAGUUGCGAGAGAAAGAAAAAAAAAGAACAGCGUUUUUGAGUGUUUUCGAAAAGUUCGAAGGAUCGUAAUGUGUUCUUUAACAGCCUCGUGGGAUAUUUUAAGCGAUUAAAUCUUCAAAUUUUUUAUGAAGCGUGCAAGGCAAAAUAAUCUGUUUAUAAUUCGAAGAGGUCGAAUAGCUUUAUGUGUAAAAUGGAAACAUAAAAAAGAAAAGAAAAAAAUAGAAACAAAACGAGACGAUCAUUUUUAUCUGAGAAAUUCGAAAAAUCGAUGUAUACCGACAGUCGAUAAAAACGCGCUAGUCAAUUUUAUAACCGUCGGUAAGAGAAGAUUCAUCUUGUAUCUUGUAUCUAUACGUACAGAGAUUGUACGUAUUAAAUUUUUAUAUUUAUUAUCAAAGGCAUACGGACGAAUAGCCGAUUUUAUUAGAAGCAUAGUUUUCAAUUCGUAAAUCGUAGUUAUGAUCAAGCAUUGUAAAAAAAGCAAUAUCUAUAAAAAUGAAUUGAAAACCAUGCUUAGCAGCAACCCAUUGAUUUAUGUCGGCUUCAUAGUGCAAUAUUUUCGAUAACUUAAUUUCGCAUAUUCGAAACAGAUAUCGCUAUAUUUCGAUUGAUUAUCAAUAUUUCUGAUAUAUAAUUAUAUUCUUUUCUUUCAUACAAUAGAAUAAGAUUGAUGGGAUAUCGAACCUUCUCCUAUCGACGUGAAAUCAAUUGAUAUGCUGUUAUUGAUUAUCGGUGUACACACUUUUUGUUUUUCAAAUAAAUUCUAAAAAAUCUUAUUUGUUCACGUAUUUGUAUAUAUACAGGGUGUUCCUAAAAUCGGUGAUACAAGCAGACGUCUGAUAAUUUACAAUUACAUUACAGUUUAAUCUACUGUAUGUAUGUAUGUGCAAAGAAUAGAUUUUCUAUAAUAAUUCGAAUAUUUCGUUUGUUAACAAAUUGUGGAAAUUUUGAAAGAGAUACUGCUAUUAGGUAAUCGAUAGAAAUAUAUAUAGGCUUGUACUUUGUAUGUGCCAGAAUCGUAAGCGUGGUUUCAUCGUUAUCGGAUUGAUCAAUUCUCUUAGAUAUAAUUUGGAUUUCAAAAAAAAUUAAUUUCUUUUUAUUUUUCUUAUUUUUUUAUAUAUAUAUUUUUUUAUGUGAAAAUAAAGCAUCGUAUGAAAAAUUUUUAUUCCAAAACUUUCGAUUUAUUUCUUUAUAUGUUAAAUCCAUCCGAUUCCUGGUUGUACCACACAGAAUUAUGGAACACCCUAUUUAUACAAACAUAUGUACAUAUAUACAUUGAAAAAUUUAUGUUAUAUAUCUUGACCGUUGAACGCACAAAAAAGGAAAAAGAAAACCAAAAAAAAAAAGAAAAAGAGAGUGAAUUGUUAGGACGGAGAGAGAAAAGUACAAGAUACUUUUUCGUUCUUCAGUCCUGUUUUAAUCGCAUUGUACAUAAGAAAUUAGAUAAUCAAAAUUAAUAAUGAAAAAAAAAAAGAAAAAAAAAGAAAAAAAUGAUACAGCAAAACGAAUGACUUGUAUUAUUGUUCUCGAAAAAAAAUCCAAUAUAUAUAUAUAUAUAUAUAUAUAUAUAUAUAUAUAUAUAUAUAUAGGUCCUUCAAUCGAAGAAACCUUCCUCUUGUUGUCUUGUCUUUCUGUUUGUUUCAACGGUCAAAAAAAUAAACAAUCGAAAAAAAUAAAAAGAAAAGGAAAACUUAUUCCCGGAACAGAAAAAAAAAAGAAAUUAAUAAAAACGUGACGCGAGACAAUUUUUAUGUGCCGGUACCGUAUUCAUCUUGCUUGCGAACGAACGAAUUGGUUUUUUUGUAACAUUUCUGCGACUUCUCAUUGUUGUUUCAACAGAACGAAAAAGAAAAAAGAAAAAGGAAAGAAACAAAAAGAGCCCAGGCAUAUCGACCUCUCUACCGGAAAUAGAAUACGAUAUAAUUAUCAUAUUAAAUGGUUAAGAUGAAUUUUAAUUCUUUUUUCUUCUUUUUUUUUCUUUUUUUUUCUUUUUUUUCUUUUUUUUCUUGAGCUGGGAGACAAGUAAGAUAUCAAUUCUGUCAUUGGUCCAUCGCAUACACUAUAUUUGAAGAAGAAAGGAUUAAUAACAUACAUACAUACAUACAUACAUACGUACGUACAUACAUACAUACACACCCAUGCACCCACCCACGCACGAAUACACACACACGUGCCGACAUAAACGUUUACGCAAGGAGACGAAAGAAAAAAAAAAAGGAAAUAUACAAAACAUACUGUAUAAAUAUAGUAAAGAAUUCUAAUACGACUACCGAA